CUCUCUCCUUACACUGCUCGUGGCGUUCAUCGCCUAGCUCGUAGUUGGAUAUCGCGAAAUGUAAUACAAAAUAAUGCAAUAGAUAUGACAGUUAAGAUAUUCAUUGACCUCGCGACACAGCCGUUUGUCGCUGACUUGGUGUUUCCCGACGGACUUCCCAAAGAUGGUUACGUGACGUUGUUUGUUGGAUGCUGCCAAAGGACUCCUCAGCCUGGAAAACAAGUUGACCACAUACCUUUGCAGCAAGGUGCCAGUUUGGGUUCAGCAGUACCAGUUGUGAGAAAAACAUGCCACAACCAGACCUACACGGAAUUCUGCGAUAGCAAGAUCUAUGUGCGAAAUGGGUCUGCUGAAAAUGGUGGCACGAGUUUCCCUUGCAACCUCAGACAUUCUUUUGAAUCUGGUGUAUUGACAGAGCAGGAGCAUCGCAGACUUCAUAUUCAAAGAGAAGUACCUGAGCUCUGUGGAGAUAUCACACCCAUCCAGAAGGCUGGGGACUGUUGGGACUGCUAUUACUGUGGAUUCAUAAGCUCUUCAAGAGAGCAAGCAUCACAUCAUGAAGUUAAUCAUGGAGGACCUGCACAGUCAUGCAUACUGUGCCGCCGUGUCUUCAAGAGCGAAUCCACUCUCAACAAGCACCUGUGCCUUCAUGUUCAAAAUGGAUUUCGCUGCAGUGUCUGCAGGAGGUCCUUCCUCUCAAAGGACCUACAUGCCAAGCAUGUGCAAAGGAACGCAUGUAGCCCAGGCCCUAAAGUAGAACUGGUACGGCCGCUUGAGGCACUUCCGGCUGCGUUCUACAACCCUGUUGCGGUGCCACCUCCUGAGAAUACGUCUGUCGAUGAAACGAUUUGUAGUGUCAUUUCCGAAAGCCUUCAUGACCACAGCGUAGGCCACCUCGAAGUGGGUGACGCUGGUGCUGUCACAGCUGGUGAAUCUGCCAAUGCACCUUCCAUUUUGUUUGCGAAAAAGGAUGGAAGCGGGCUUGAGCUGCUGGGAGCCAUCCGCGCUCGUCGGCCUCGUUUGCCAUGUCCCCACUGCCCUCGCUUUUGCUUUUCACAGGCAGCUUUACAGGUCCACCUGAGACGCAAGCACAUUAGCAAUGCACCCCUCAAAUGCCCCCACUGCCCGAAACGGUUCUUUGUUGAUACCUUAUUCUACAAGCACCGGUCCAUCUGCAUGCGCAAGGGAAAAGACGUUAAAGUUUAUGUUACGGAAUCGAAAAAUAAAUGGAACCGGCUCAACUGUGAACACUGCGACUUCUUCACUCAUCGGUACCAGAAGUUGACGGACCACUAUGCUGAAAAUCACAAGGAGCAUGCUUUGAGCAUUUGUGAAACAUGCCAGGAUCGUUUUGCACAUUAUGCUUACAUGCUGAUUCAUCAGAUCCAGGUGCACCAACUGUCAGAAGAGAACCAACCACAGGAGUGCAGCCUGUGCGACCUGACCUUAGACGGCGUAGAUGGGCUCAGAGAACACCUAUUGGAGGUUCACGCACCAGCUCCCAUCUUCCGCUGCUAUGACUGCUACGAGCGCUUCUCCACUGCUGCUGCCGUGUUGCGCCACAGAAGUGAAAAGCACAACCCAAAGUCACGCAAGUGCCCGGACUGCCCAAAGACAUUCAAGAAUGCCCUUGCAUGCCGGCGACAUGUGCUGUACACUCACUACAGCUCGCGCUUGGUGAACUCCUGCAAGCUCUGUUUUAGGCGCUACAAGAACCUGCUCACACUUCGUUAUCACAUGGCACUGUCACAUAUAAAUGAGCUAUCAGAAGAAGAGAAGGCAUCGCUGGAGCCCCUGAAGAAACACUGUGCUCAGUGUGACUAUGUGACCUUCAAUCGACGCAGCAUGGUGGGUCACAUGCGCCGCAAGCACGGAGAGAUGCUCCAAUGUCCGCAGUGCCCAAGCCGAUUUGCUCAAGUCGCUGAGCUUACGCGCCACAAGAGAUUGAGGCACGGCUCUGUCGGCCGCCAACAGUGUCCCCACUGUCCUCGUAGCUUUGUUUGUCCCAAGUCGUAUGGAGUGCACCUCAGCAUGCAUCAGGAGGGUCGAGGCCACGAGUGUACCAUUUGCAAGCGCCUGUUUGAGAGUGAGGCCAUACUCAAGCACCACAGUGACUCGCACACAAGCUCCAGUAAUCGUCGUUGCAAAGCCUGCCUGCGUGUGUUUGCAACUACCUACCACUUGGCAAAACAUCAAAAGAUACACAGCACACAAGCCCCUGAUGGCACAACGGUGAUGACGUGCACAAGCAUACCUCCUAAACCCAUUAAACGGAGAAGAGAUAGACGUUCUUUCACACUUACGUGCGACCAGUGCCACUUGCGUUUCAAGUACCAGAGCAGCCUGUCUGCUCACAAGAUGGCAUUGCAUGGAAAGAGCUCAAAAAAUGGAAAGUCAUUUACCUGUGAGAUAUGCCAGGACAGCUUUGUGUCAGUGUUGGGCCUGUCGUCGCACAUUCGCACGCAUACGGGUGAGCGCCCGUUCUCAUGCAGUGAGUGUAGUGCCAGCUUCAGUCAGGCGAGCACACUGCGAGAGCACACGAUCCUCAAGCAUAGUCGUGCCUUCCGGGAAACUUGCCCCCUCUGUUCCAAGGGUUGUGUCUCCAAGACAAAGCUGCGAAGACAUCUCCAGGCUGCCCACAAGGCCCUUCUUGUCUGUGCACAGCCUGCAGCACCUAGGCGCUCAACGUCCAGCGCUGCCUCAACUCCAGCCAGAGCAGCACAAACUGCCAUUUCCGAUGACACACACACUUACCUGUUACCCGACCUAGUGAAUACGGAGGAAACAUACGAGGCAGCAGAGGAAGGAGGUGUGGUGCUACAGGAAGGGGAACUGCAAGAGGACAUGGUUCCACAGGUGGUGGCAGUGUCCACACAAGCAGAAGGUGGCAACGUGGCAGUGGCAGUAGACAGCAUCAUUAACCUGAUGGUGUGUGACACCCUGAUAGAGACCAACUGCAUUGAGCUAACGAGUGAAGAAGCGCAUGGAAACGAAGAAGGUUGAUGAUGAAUGUUGUGGGAAGCUAGAGCACUGAUUAAUGGUUGCACUGACUUGCUGAAUUUAUUGAUAGCUGCUACCAAGCUUUCCGGCACUUCUGAAACAUUUUCAACUGCUUAGUAAGCAGUUUUAAUGCAUAAAAUAAAACAUAGUUUUGGUAUUUAUCACUUUCUUGUUUUUAAGGUUUAGAUAGCUCCAAACUCAUUUGCAAAGAAAUUUGGGACAUGGUUGGGGAAAGGAGGUGGCUGUUUGCACGAAAACCAUCCAUACUAUUAUGGUUGAAUCUCCUUUCAUUAUUUCUGAAUGUCUUUUGUUUUGAUCUACAUGCCAUUUAAGAGCCUUUCAGCAGGCCCCAUCAAAAAUUUUCAGUUAUACACACUAAAAGGUGUAAAAUGCCUACCCGGAGGUACUAGUACAACAAGAAUUUUAAGAUUUCAGUAGUAGUUGAGGUAGAAGCAAAUGAAAUGUUAGGACAGCAUGGUGCGAUGAGGCGAGCUACUCUCCCCGCUCGAAGGCUUGACCAGUAGCUGCAAGCGACAUUUCUCUUUUGCCUUCUUACAUAUCGGAGACAAGGGCCCACCUUCUUUUUUGUCACAACCCCUGCUUCCACUAUUUUUUGUCUCCCUUUUCUUGUGGCGUGGCGCAUUCCUAGAGGUGGUUUUGUGCAGUCUGCCUUUCACGGGCAUCCACACUGCUGCUGGCUAUUUGCGGACUGCAAAUACACUGUGUGGAACAUGGAAGCACCACAUAUUUGACAUCAUCUUAUGGACUGAGGUGCUGUUGUGGCUCUAGAUUCUGUAAUGAAAUACAAGAUGAUCCAACAUGUUCUUAAACAUCUGUCCCAGAAAGUAGCUAAAAGCAUAGGAAUGAUUUAAUAAAUAUAAGUAGGUAGUUUUUAAUGCAAUGAAGGAAGUGAAAAUUAGCAAGUUCUGCAGCAGUGAUUUCAUGCCAAUGCUGUGGUGCACAUUUUGCAUGAAUAAAAAAAAACUAAAUGGAAGUAAUUAGAGGUA